AUGUCGGCUACAGUUUUUAACACCUUUCAGGGGAUUUUUACCUUCAUAACCCCUCGCUUCAUCCUUAUAUGGUCCCUGUUCGUGGGUGUUCUGACGGUUCUUCACUGUGCCUCGAGAGACCCAUUAUCCAAACUACCCGGCCCAUUCAUUUCAAAGCUCACGGGGAUAUUGGAGAUAUUCUACUAUGUCCGAGGCUAUCGACACGAAUAUGUGCACAGUCUUCAUGUGAAAUAUGGCCCGAUCGUUCGGUAUGCACCGGGACAUGUGGAUAUCUCCGAUAUUGGAGCUGUGAAUGUAAUUCAUAAGCUUGACAAAGGAUAUCUGAAAUCGAAUUGGUACCUUUCGUUGGCGCCACCGGGAGUAUGGACCCUGAUGAAUAUCACUGACCCGAAGAUGCACACGACUUGGCGCCGGCUGCUCGGAGGACCAUUCCAGGAUAGCUCUUUGCAAAAGUUGGAGCCGGUAGUGUGGGAGAAGAUGGGACUUGCAUUAGACAAGAUGCAGGCAGAGCUUGAAGAGCGCGGAUGUAUCGAUGUAUUGAAAUGGUGGAUAUAUAUGGCUCUCGACAUAGUCACCGAGCUCAGCUACGGCACAAGCGUUGAUAUCCUUCGUGAAGAGGAGAAGAGAUAUUAUAUCAUUGAAUAUCUCGAGGGAUUAGGUCCGAUCCACGCUGUGAGGACCACGAUACCCUCUGCUGUUUUGCUCGCAUCGAAACUCCGCCUACCAAUCUUCAACAGGCUGCUGAACGCGGGCCCUCGAGCUGCGAUAUGGGCACAAGAGACCCUUGAGGCAUACAAGAAGUUGCUUUCAGAGAAAGAUCCCAAGCCAACAUUGUUUACACCUUUGUUUAACAAAGGUGACAAAGGGUUCACAGAUGAGCAAAUAACAAAUCUCGCAGGGUCAAACAUCACUGCUGGUAGCCAUACCACUGCCACUGUCAUGACAUACGCCGUUUGGGCAAUUUGUAAGUAUCCGGAGGUGAGAGACAAGCUGGUUGCCGAGGUGUCAAUGCUGCCGGAAGUCUUCCAGCAUAAAGACGUGCGCAAUUUGCCCUAUCUCAACUGUGUCAUCCGAGAGGCUGUGCGUCUGUAUGCUGCCGUUCCAUCAGUUCUACCGCGAGCUGUUCCUCCAGAGGGGGUUGAGCUCUUGGGAUAUUUCAUACCCGGUGGCUCAACUGUCUCAACACAGUGUUAUAGUCUCCACCGGGUCAAGGAAUAUUUUGAUGACCCAUUGAAAUUUGAUCCAGAUCGAUGGAUAUCUCCAACAAAAGAAAUGGAGGAAGCUUACAUGGGCUUCGGUGCCGGUACCCGAUCAUGUGUUGGAGUCAAUCUCGCACACCGUGAGCUCCGACUUGGAAUAGCGAAUUUCUUUCGCAAAUUCCCCACUGCAGUAGUCUCAGUGGAUGAAGGUAUGGCGGAUAGUGACAUGCGACAGCGGGCAUGGGUUUUUAUGUCACCGGUGGGUCACCGGUGUCUGAUUGGCGUCCAAUAA